GUGUUUAUGUGUGUUUGAGGACGUGUGUGUGUGGUUGAGUGGAGGAGUUACCACCGAAGCUCCUGCAGACAGACAUUUUCCAGGCUUCCAAUGAUCUGUCAGAUUAAACCGCAACCGGAUGAGACGGGACUUCCUGCGUCUUGCGCCCUUAAAUAUCACCCACUUUUCUUUUCAUUGAUUUAUUUAAAUCCUCAAACGAAGAUUUGUUUUUUGCCGGAACGCUGUCCGCGGUGCUGAAACCCCCCGCGUGACCUUUUCCACCUGCUGCGCACAGAGAGGCGGAUUUGACGUAAACCCGAGCCCGUUGGAUGCAGAGAGAGGUUUGAACUACCUGUUAGCUUCUCCGGGCUGCGGGAUCAUGCAGCUGCGCGAGGGGCGCUGAGCGGCGUCGUCUCAUUUCCAUUCGUCAUCAUUUGACUCCGCAGCCGCAGACCCGCUGCCCGACUUUGUGCGAACCGACUCAGGAGAGAGGAAGCAGUGCGGGCGCCGAGCAGGAAGAUGUUGCGGGAACAGUGGUGACCCCGAGGGGAGGGAAACUUCCAGUAAAACACAGGAGAGGGCGUGCAGAGGCGCGUGUGUGCGUGUGUGUGUGUGUGAGGACAGAGAAGGUUAUGACCGCGUCUCUUCACCUGGAACUCGGGCUGCUGCUGCUGAUGCUGACCUGCUGGCAAACACCAGGGAUGGUCGGAGCCACUGUGCCAGCAGCCCCGGUGAACGUGUCGGUGACUCAGCUGAGGGCGCACUCGGCCAUGGUGACCUGGAACGUCCCUCAGGGAGACACUGUUAUCGGGUACUCCAUCUCACAGCAGAGGCAGGACGGCCUGAUGCAGCGCUCCAUCCGAGAGGUCAACACUUCCAGCCGCUGGUGCGUGCUGUGGGAUCUGGACGAGGACACGCACUACAGCGUCCAAGUGCAGUCUGUGGGGCCGCAUGAUGACAGCCAGCCCAGCCGGGCCGUCCACUUCAGGACUCUGGAGAGGAGCGAUCAUUAUCCAGCCGGAGCCCUGGACCAACAUGAGCCGGCGAUGGAAGGUCUGGGCAUGACCCCUCACCUGCAGACGGGGGAGCUGCUCAUCAUCACCACUGUGCUGCUGCUGUGGGCGGCCGUCAUCGCCCUCUUCUGCCGACAGUAUGACAUCAUCAAAGACAACGACUCCAACAGCUGCAAAGACAAAGCCAAGAGGCCGCUGGUUCGAGCCCCUCCACACUACAGCACGUCGGCCGGCAGCUCGCCUGUGUACCACAACGGAGCCGUGCGCAGCAGCAGGCUCAACAGAGCCUCCUCCUCCAUCAGCAUCAUUAGAGUCUGAGUUUGGGUGCAGUCGGUGAUAUGGGUGGAACUUCAGAACGUGAUGGAGAAUUCAUAGACUGGACUGAGAGUCCAAAUAUUGGUAAAAUAUGGGACAAGUGAGAAGCACGCCAUGCAAAUGACACUGUGGAGUAAAUGGACGACUGCUGCCCUCCAGUGGCAGAAAACGGCGGUGUGUCGAGUUCAAGACUACUUUUGUUUUUACAUGCAAGUGUAUGUGUUUACAUUACAAAUAUGUUGUGCUUUUUCUACAUUUUAAUUCACCUCAUCAGUGUUGUUCAUCUCCUAAUCAAUAAGUAGACGUACAGCACUAACAUCAACAAAAGUGUAAUAUAUGGAAAUAGAAUAUGUACAUAGUUCAAAUUGAAAGUGUUGGUAAUUAAAGUAUGAUGGAAACUAAUAUUUUAAUUGUUUAGGAGGAUUAAUUUACACUCAAUUUUCUCAAUAUGUUUAAUACAAUCAACUCGUAGUUUUAGCAUUUAGUUAAAGUACUAACAUGUUUAAUCACUAACUGAAUAAAACUGCAUACUUCACAGCCUGUUGACAUUUCCCACAAUGCAGCAGCUGCAAAUAAAGCUUCUUGAUAUAUUGUAUUCUCAAUAUAGAUAAUUAGUUUAACUUUUCUUGGGGUUGUAUUGUAAAUGACAUGAAAUGCAGGUCCAUAUAUUAUAAUUAAAUUAAAUUAAAUUAGCUUUCGCGAUGCUGCUGCUGCAAGAUCUCAGGCCACAGAAAUCCAAGUUGUAAUAAAUAGUAUAAUAAACCGGAAUUAUUCAAAUACAUUACGGCAAAGAGGCGUCUGUCCUAAACUCUGCUGCCCGAUGAGUGAAUCGUAAUGCUCUGUAAAUGAAUGGAUGUAGAAGAAGUCUCGGCCUUAAGAGGGAGCAGUUUGUUCACAUAUGAUGGGAUGUACGGGUCAUUAUCACUGACAGCUCUUUCUUCAAUGUGAAUUUCAAAACUUAAAGUACAUUGAAAGCCACAAUAUAUUCUCUCUAGCGUCAUAAUCAAGAUCUUUUUACUUCCAUUGUGUUUCCUUUUAUUAUUUGCGUCGCUCCAGAUUACACGAAACUAAACAAAGACAUUAUGUUCGUGGAUCAAGUGUCUGAUUAUAAUUUAUUGUCGUGUUCUCCAGUUUC